UAACCUCACCUACAACCACACCACCAUCUCACGCCAACACAUAUAAUCCAUCAUCUCCUGCCCAUUUAUCGAGCCGAGUUACUCAACAAACAUCAUCGUCCAAUCAACCUAACCAACGUGGUCCCACGCCGGCUGGCAGCCAAUCUCCGAUAGUAACAGUAACGAGAAGACAUCAUAAUCAUCGUCACGGAGGCGAUAGAAGUAAGAAUUACCAAGGUGAUCCUUAUGUACAUCCUCAUACUCAUAUGCCUCAAGCACCACCAGUUCCUCCUGCACCUGCACCAUCAAUGUACUGGUCAAAAAUGAGGACUCAUGGUAAAAUUCCAAAAGCCCUCAGAGCGCAUACAGUAAAUUUGGUGGGUGAAUUGAUGUAUGUGUUCGGUGGAUGUGAUUCCCGAACAUGUUUCAAUUCUAUAUAUAUAUUUGAUGCUGACACGAUGUAUUGGAGUAAACCAAGAACUAUUGGUGAUCCACCGCCAGCAUGUCGUGCACAUUCCUCCACCCUUGUAGAUAAGAAGUUAUUUAUAUUUGGAGGAG